AUAUUCACUUUCAAAUAAUAUACUGUUAUCAUACAAUUUCAUUUCAUAACCAGAACAAAGAUCAUCUUCUAUUAUUUUUAUCAUAAAUAAAUUAAUUAACAUCCUUUUUCAUUCUUACCCUUUUUUUCAGAGAGAGAGAGAGAGAUGGGAGAGGGUAUAAUGGAGGUGAAACUGAUAGGAGCAAAGGGCCUUAAACGUUCAAAUUUCUUCGGUAAGAUCGACCCAUAUGUUGUGAUUCAAUAUAGAAAUGAAGAGUACACGAGCACUACUGCUAAAGGGCAAGGUAGGAGACUGGUGUGGAAUGAAGAGUUCAAAUUUAAAGUGGAAUUCCCAGCUUUGGAUGGAUCAGAUGAUUACCAAAAUAAUUACAAACUAUUUCUUCGUAUUUUCAACCGUGACACCUGCAGAAAAGAUGAUUUUUUGGGUCAUUCCACGAUCCAUGUGAAGGAUUUAAUUGAAAUAGGAUUAGAGAAGGGCAAAGCGGAUCUUGGCACACAAAAGUUUAGGGUUAUUCUCAAUGAUCUUAGUUACCACGGUGAAAUUCAAGUUGCAAUUACUUUUACUGCAAAGGGUGAGACUGACCAACCAAAAUACUUUGUGGAGAAAGAAAAUAUAUUUGUAGUAUUUUGAGGGUGGAUUUUCUAGGUGCACCAUAUACAUUUUUUUAUAUUCUUGUAGAUUAAUUUCCGAAAAUAAAUUCAUUAAUUUAAUUUAUUCUUUUUUCUUUUUU